CCUCCCUCUACUUGCAGUUUAAAUCCGAAGGGAAAACCUCUGAGGUGUCACUGUCCUGUGUGAAGGAGCACAGACGCAGCGAUGGAGUUCCUCUCCGUGUUUGUCUCCGCGGUUUUAAUCUGUGUCAUCAGUGCUGCUGGGAUCGCUCAUGAUGGAAUACACUGGACAUACACAGAGGGAGCUUUGGACCAGAUGCACUGGCCAACCAAGUACCCAUCAUGUGGUGGGAAGAAGCAGUCCCCCAUAGACAUCCAGAGGCGCAGCGUGAGGCACAACCCAGACAUGUUGCAACUGGAGCUGAACGGAUAUGAUGCUCAGAGUGGGAAUUUCCUCAUGUCCAACAACGGGCACUCUGUUCAAAUUGACCUGCCUCCAACCAUGAUGAUCACCAAGGGCCUUCCAGGAAAGUACACGGCUGUCCAGAUGCACCUGCACUGGGGCGGCUGGGACCUGGAGGCCAGCGGAUCGGAGCACACUAUAGACGGCAUACGUUACAUGGCGGAGCUCCAUGUUGUCCAUUAUAAUUCUGACAAGUACAAGAGCUUUACUGAAGCCAGAGAUAAGACAGACGGGCUGGCAGUACUCGCAUUUUUCUAUGAUGACGGACAUUUUGAGAACACGUACUACAGUGAUUUCAUCUCCAAUCUGGACAAUAUCAAAUAUACAGGUCAGUCCAUGAACAUAUCAGGCAUCGAUGUGCGCUCCAUGCUGCCCGAGAACCUCAACCAUUUCUUUAGAUACCAGGGCUCCCUCACCACGCCACCCUGCUACGAGAGCAUCCUCUGGACUGUGUUUGAUACUCCCAUCACUCUGUCACAUAACCAGAUCAGAAAACUGGAGCACACACUGAUGGACAUCCACAACCAGACCCUGUGGAAUGACUACCGCAUGGCCCAGCCUCUCAACAGCCGAGUGGUGGAGUCUUCUUUCCUGCCACGCCUCGGGAAAGGAACAUUUUGUCGGCAAGACGAGAUUGAAUCCAGGCUGCUGAAGAUCGAGGGUCUGAUCACGUCCCUUGGAAAGCAUAUUCAUACAGGUGGACUUCACAACCCUUCUAGGCAUACUAGAUUAGAAACUCGAGCUCUGUUUCCUCUGGUGUUACACUUUCAGGGUGGCAGUUAUGCUUUGGCUCGCCUCGGCCAUCCCAUGGAGCUCGACUUCUUCACAGUCUGCAUGCACGUGCUGCCUCAGCUCGAGGGAGUCCACACCGUCAUCUCCUACUCCAGCAACGGCAACGACAACGAGCUGACCAUCUCCAUCGUUGAGGACAGGGAUUCGAGAGAAGUAGGCCUCUGGAUUGGCAACGAGUUUGUCAACCUGCCACACAACGUCAAGUCACACAAAUGGGCCAACUACUGCAUCACCUGGUCCUCUCUCACCGGGGGAGCAGAGCUGUGGAUCAAUGGAAUGGUGGGGGAGCAGCGGUACCUAAAGAACGGUUACACCAUCAGCCCUGGCGGUGUGUUCAUCGUGGGCAAAGACCAGGACGGAUUACUGGGCAUCUCCAACGCAGACGCCUUUGUGGGUAAGAUGACAGACAUCAACGUGUGGGACUAUGUGCUGACCACGGCAGAUAUCCGAGACCAGCUGUCAUGUGAGACAAACGGCACCGUGAUGGGAAAUGUGUUCAGCUGGGGAACCACCGAGCUCAGUCUGUUUGGAGGCGUGCAGCUGGACAGUCAGUACAGAUGCUGAAGAGCUUCUCUUCGCUUUAAAGUUCUGCAAUAAACCAAAAUAUAAGUGCUGAUGUAGGGGAAUAAAGUGUCUAUAUGUACUGAAGGUUAAAAUGUCUUUCAGGGAACUGUAAGUCAAUAUUUAAUGCAAACUGCAUCUUAUAACUUUGGCCAUGCAUUGUAUUCAUAUGUUUGCAUCUUCAAUAAAGGCUUAAAAGUGA